AUGAAGACCAAGUACUGUAGCCGAUUUGUGCUCUGCUCCAAGACAACCAUCUAUACCUUUCUGCUUGGAGGAGUGUUUAUUACAUUGGGUUCAAGUCGAAUCCUCCUGAUGAAGUAUUCUGCCAAUGAAGAUAACAAGUAUGAUUAUCUUCCUGCCACAGUGAACAUAUGUUCUGAAGUAGUAAAACUGGUCCUGUGUGUGGUGUUAGCACUAUGGGUUAGGAAAAAAGAGGGUUGUAUGGAUCAUCCCUUUGAAUGUCUUUCCUGGAGGAAUUUAUGUAAUUCCAUGAAAUGGUCAAUUCCUGCCUUUCUUUACUUCUUGGAUAACUUGAUUGUCUUCUAUGUACUGUCCUACCUCCAGCCAGCAAUGGCUGUGCUCUUCUCAAAUUUUGUCAUUAUAACAACAGCUCUUCUCUUCAGGAUAGUGCUAAAGCGAAGACUCUCUUGGGUACAAUGGGCAUCUCUGGUGAUUUUAUUUCUGUCCAUCGUUGCCCUGACCCUAGGAACUGGAGGCCAUCAGCAAAGUUUGGCUGCACAUGGAUUUCAUCACAGUAUGUUUUUUGGUCCGUCUAACCACUGCCUUGUCUAUGCUGGACAUGAGGAAGCAUGCGUGGAAAAGAGCAACUGUGCAGUGCCAAGUUUCCUUCACAGCUUCCAGUGGAAUGUCACCAAUACCGUGGCAGGAGCACUGAAACCUCUCAGCCUGGGCCAUCUGCUUAUUCUAGUGCAGUGUUUUGUUUCUGCCAUGGCUAAUAUCUACAAUGAGAAGAUCCUGAAAGACGUGGAUCAACUUAGUGAAAGCAUCUUCACACAGAACAGCAAACUCUAUGCCUUUGGGGUGCUGUUCAAUGGGCUUAUGCUGGGGCUGCAGACUAAGGGCCGGAGGCAGAUAGAGAACUGUGGCUUCUUUUAUGGGCACAAUAUCUUCUCUGUGGCUCUCAUAUUUGUCACAGCUUUCCUGGGGCUGUCUGUAGCCUUCAUCUUGAAAUUCCGAGACAACAUGUUCCAUGUUAUGACUGCUCAGAUCACCACCGUCAUCAUCACUGCCGUGUCUUUCAUCAUCUUUGACUUCAGGCCUUCUCCAGAGUUCUUUUUGGAAGCUCCUGUAGUGCUUCUCUCCAUAUUCAUCUAUAAUGCCAGUAAACCAAGAGGCCUGGAAUAUGCCACUCUGCGGGAAAGAGGAAAACUUGUCAAAGGAGAUGCAUGGGAGAGGUCAUGUGGG